AUGGCCGUGGACUUGGCCUCGCUGCGCAGCCGCAUCACCGAGCCCGUGGAGACCAAGGUCGUCUACGAAGCCAUUCACUCCGUGGGCCUCUACCUCGGCCCAAUGUUCCAAGUGGCAAAAGAGCUCUGGAGAGACACGGAGACCGGGUCAGAGGUCUUAGGACAUCUGCGAUUGGACCCACAUGUCAAGAACGUGGGCUACAUCAUGCACCCUGCCUUGCUUGAUGGAACGAUCCAUAUCUUGGCAACUGCAUCCAUCGGCAAGAAUGUCAGUGGCUUGAAGAUCUUUGGGGGCGUGGGCAAGGUGUCCGUGGUGCGCCAGGAAAACUUCUCCAAGCUGUCCAGCUACUGGGUACACCUGCAAGUCACGGAGUCCUUGGAAGCCUCCCAGACCUUCAACGUCUCUGUGCUUGCAGACGACGGCGGACUUCUGAUGUCGAUGGAGGACGUGGUCUUCCGGGCGGUGAAGCCAGAGCAGAUUCAGAUGGCCAUUGCGGCACAAGGAGGGAAGGAAGAGCAGACAAUCUACGAUGUGGAAUGGUCCGAAUGGUCAGAGUCAGGACCGGGCCCUUCGAGCGCGGGAGAGACCCGCAGCUCGCUUUUAGCAGUUGCAGAUACCCCGGAUCUGCAUCAUGCGCUCUGCAAUUUGAGAGCCGAGCCAGAGACCCUGUCCUUGGAGGCUCUGCAUCAGAGCGACCUACCGGUUCUCUUGCCCAAGUUCUCGCGAAUCUUGCUUGCCUUUGCCAGCAACCAGCGGGUCUCGGUGCUCGAGGCCCUCAUGGCAGUCUUGGCAGUGCUGCAGGCUUUGGCCAAGAGUAAAGGCAGUCUGCCAGAGCUCUGGAUCUCGACUUUCUGCUGCCAGUGGGCCAAAGCUGGAGAUUUUCAAGGCCAGCCACUGCCUCUACACUCAGCGAUCUGGGGCUUGGCCCGUGCAGCCAGGAACGAGCUCCCGAACUUGCACCUCUUCUGCGUGGACGCCCCGGACGGCGCCCUGGACGGCGCCCUGGACGCCCUGGAAGCGCAGUUUGGAUCCGAGGAGUCCGAGUCCGGCACACCUGAGCACGAGAGGGCCCUCCGAGGGCCGCAGCCGGUGCUCUACGUACCGCGCUUGCAGGAGGCAAGCCUCACCGGCGCGUCCGACUGGUCGUCAGAAGGACUUAAUUUGAUCACAGGAGGCUUAGGAGCUCUUGGCCUCUGCUUUGCCCAGUGGCUGCUGGAACGUAAGGCUGCUGUGGCACUCGUCUCCCGCACCGGUCGUGCGGCUGCCGACUGUCAAGUCGCCUUCCGACGCGUGGCUUCCAAAGUGACCGUGCACCGGGCGGACCUGGCUAAGGCAGACGACACGAAAAAGCUCUUUCAGCAGCCGCUCUUCAAGGAUCUCCGCGGCAUCAUACAUGCUGCAGGGCUCCUUGAGGACCACAUGAUCGUCGAUCUGACCCGAGAGCACUUCGAGCGACCCCUCGCUGCUAAGAUUGAUGGGACCUUGAAUCUCAACGAGGGGCUCUCUGAUCAGCGACUUGACCUGGAGUUCUUUGCUCUUUUCUCUUCCGUUGCAGCACUUCUGGGCACACCUGCCCAGGGCAACUAUUGCGCCGGGAAUGCUUUUUUGGAUUCCUUUGCCGCGCACUGCCGCGACAACGGCCGAAAAGCUGUAAGCAUCCAGUGGGGUCCCUGGGCGGAAGUGGGCAUGGCGGCGCGCGCCAACACCUCCGAAUCCAGCAUCGCUCGUCUCAGUCCUGCAAAGGGCCUAGAGGCCAUGCACGCUAUCCUAGCGGCUCAAAGCAGCCUGCGGAACGGCAUCGUGGCCGUGGCCCGCUUUAAGUGGACCACACUCCUGGGCCAGCUGCCACGCGUGCCGGCCUUCCUUGGUAAGUUCAGCGUAACCAGCAGCAAGGGCAGCAAAGGGAUGAGCAACUACACCGUAGAGGACGUGCGGUCCUUGGUGGUGGACUCACUGACAGAUGCUUUGGGCACCGAAGACUUUGACAUCAACACCCCGUUGAUGGAGCUCGGACUUGACUCCCUGGCCGGCGUUGAGUUCCGGAAUCGCUUGCAGGCCUCGGUUGAUGGCAUCAACCUGACACCGACGCUGAUGUUUGAUUACCCAACAGUUCCAGACUUGGUGGAGUACAUCUGGUCCCAGGUGGGGCCAGCAGAGGAAGAGGAGCUGGCAGCAGUGCAGGGCGCGGCAGUCGGCAGCCAAUUGAUCGUGGCUGGGCACAGUGGGCGCUUUCCUGGCAGCCUCUCCAACCAUCCAGGUGACUUCUGGAGAACUCUAGCUUCUGGACUUGAUACCACUGCCGACUUGCCGCCUGAACGCUGGGACAUGGACGCUUUCUUCGACCCAGACCCGGACACACCGGGCAAGACCUACGUCAGGCUCGGGCACUUUAUUUUAGGCAUCGAUCAGUUCGAUGGCGAAUUCUUUGGGCUAAGCGAGAUGGAGCAGCGUGGCAUGGACCCGCACCAGUGGCUGACCCUCGAGAUAACCUACGACAGCAUGUUUGCUGCAGGUUUGACGAAAGAGACGAUGAAUGGACUGGAGUGCGGCAUCUAUGUGGGCUGUGCAACACUCGGUGGAAUCGCACCUGAUAUCCCUGCUUUUGGACCCUUCACGAACAUCGGCUAUGCUUACUCGGGGCUCUCCGGACGCGUGUCCCACACGCUGUCUCUACGUGGGCCUUGUUUCACCGUCGACACGGCCUGCUCCGCAACGGUGGUGGCCCUGGACUGCGCCAGCCAAGCACUGAAGCUAGGCCGUUGCCGCUCUGCAGCGGCCAGCGGCGUGAACCUGCAGCUCUCGGCCGCCAUCUGGGUCGGCUUCGCCAAGAUGCGUGGCCUCGCUGCGGAUGGCAACUGCAAGACCUUCGACAGCUCUGCCGAUGGCUUUGCGCGGGGAGAGGGCAUGGGCUCCGUCUACAUCAUGGCAGAGGCGAACGCAACUCCGGCAGCACUGCUGGGCGGCGUCGCCACGAACCAUGAUGGUCGCGCAGCCACCAUCACGGCUCCCAAUGGCACAGCCCAGCAGCGCGUGAUCCGGGCGGCCUUGUCAGAGCGAAGCACGCGGCCGGAGGCUCUCGCAUGCCUGGAAUGUCACGGCACGGGCACUGCACUGGGGGAUCCCAUCGAGGUUGGAGCUCAGAAGGCGGUCUACGGCAAAGGCCGUGAGGCUCCAAUGAUACUGGCGGCGGGAAAGACGAACCUCGGACACCUGGAAGGAGCCGCAGGCGUGGCUGGUCUCAGCAAGGCUGUCCUGCUGCUGCAGAAGGCCCAGGUGACGCCCCUCUUGUGGCUCAAGCAGCUGAACCACAACGUGGAGCUCUCCAGCUUUGGCUUCGCUCCGACGGAGCUCCUUGAUGCGACAAGGGCGGAGGGCAGGGCGGCCGUGUCGUCUUUCGGCUUUUCCGGCACGAACGGCCAUGCCAUCUUGGAGGUCUUUCGCAGCGAGGGCAGCGAGGGCAACGAAGGCGGCCCGGGCGCAGACCGGCCUCGGCGUCCAGCGGCCAAAUAUUCUCGCCGACACCUGCAGCCCUACCGGCAAUGGCUCAAGGACAUCUGUUACGAAGAAGUUUGGAUCAACGUCGAAGCGAAAGGCGAACUCCAGCCGCAGCCUUUGCAGCCCUUCGUCCUGGUGGGCAGCGGCGCUGUCUGCAGCGCGAUGGCCGCCAGCAGUGCCUGUGCCGCCAACCUCGAGCCAAGAGGUCGGGAAGAAAUCGCAGAGGCCUUGGCCCAGACGCGGGCCAAAACUGCCAUUUUCGUCGGCAGCUCCGGCGAAGCGCCCGAUGAGCCUUUGGCUCAUCUGCUCAGCUUCCUCCAGGCGCUUCAGCUCGCCGCCGUGGACACAGCCGUCGUCGUGACCGUGUCCCAGGGGCCUUCGAUGGACUCUGGUGCCGCUCUCUGGGGUUUGGCUCGCUCUGCACGGCUGGAGAUGCGGUCAGAGAUCCGGCUCUUAGAGUGCCCUGAGAAAGCUGCCAGUGCGGUCUUGCCCUGGGUGCAACGUCUUCUCUCCGGGCCGGAGACGGAAAUCUCCGCGCGAGAUGGAACGGAGGCCGAGGCUCCACGGCUCCAGCGAAGCGUUGCAGCCUCCAGCUUGCAAAGUCGGGACAUCUUGCGGGGCCAGAUCGGUGCGUCGCUGGUCACCGGCGGCCUGGGAGGUUUGGGCCUGCUCGCAGCGCAGCAGUUGGCAGAUCUGGGGGCGAGCACGCUGGUUCUGGCCUCGCGGAGUGGUCGCGCGGCGAACUCGGCAGCGCUUGCACGGUUGGAGUUGGCCAAGGCGGUUGUGGAGGUCCGGAAAUGCGAUGUUAGCCGUGCUGAAGAUGUCGCAGCACUGACACAAUCGUUGCAGCAUCUCGACAAACUGCACGCCAUCGUCCAUGCAGCAGGGGUGCUGGACCGCUGUGCGCUCAAGGACCUCACUGCGUCCAGGCUGGAUGUGACCUUGGGCCCCAAAGCCAAGGGCGCCUGGCACUUGCAGGCUUUGAGUGAGCGGCUCCUGAUGUUCUCCUCGGUCUCUUCCUUCCUGGGUCUUUCCAGUGGUGCCGCUUAUGCUGCGGCGAAUGCCUACUUGGAUGCCUUCGCCUCCUGGCGCAACACGCAGUCGCAGGGGACUGCCGUGAGCGUCCGCUUCGGCCCGGUGGCAGAUGUUGGCAUGGCCGCGGAGAGCGGCCAAGCCCCCGACGGCACUCAGCCCCUUCAACCACUUCCGCUGGCGCAGGUCACCAGCGGCCUGCGGCUCUUGCUGGCACCGCAGCCCUUGAGCUGGACGCCCCUGACGCUGACACUGGCGCGGGCAGACUGGGCCGCGUACUUCCGGCAGUCCGCCGGCCUCGCCCCGAUGCUCCAGGACUUCCAGCUUCAGGUGACCUCAGAGACGGAGCCAGAUGCAGAGCGGCUGCGGCUGCGAGAGAUGUCGGCAUCGGAGCGGGAGAAGGCAGUGCUGGCUUCCCUACACGAGGCUGCCUCCUCGAUGCAUCUGGACAUCCAAGAGGACACCCCGCUGAUGGAGGCAGGCAUUGACUCCCUCUCUGCAGUGGAAUUCCGUGGGAAGAUCUCCACUGAGUUCCGGUCCGUGCGUCUGCCCAGCACGCUCAUGUUCGACCAUCCCACUCUCAAGGCCAUUUCGCAGCACAUUUCGGGACAGCUGGCAGAGGGCGGCACGCCUGUUGCCUUGUCUCCUGCCUCGCUGACGGCUGCUUCGCCUUCCGCUACGACAGCAACGGACCUGGAAGUCCGGGGGGCCGCAUGCACACUGCCCGCACCUGGAACUCCAUACGGUGGUGUAGCUUGCAGCCUCUGGUAUGGAACGGACUGCGUGACAGAGAUGCCUUACUCCCGCUGGGACGUGGAGGACUACUAUGAUCCCGAGGCUCCAUCUGGCUUGGAGAUGUAUGUGCGGCACGCAGCCUUCGUCGAAGGUGUGGAUCUCUUUGGUGCGCAGUUCUUUGGGAUCAGCAAGGUGGAAGCAGAAGCGAUGGACCCGCAGCAACGCCAUCUGCUGGAAACCGCCUUCGGGGCCUUCGGUGACUCUGGUUGCUCCAAAGCUCGUCUUAUGGGCUUGAGGGCUGGCGUCUUCGUCGGUCAGGACAAGAGCGACUGGAAUCGAAUGUUGUCAGCAGCUCAUGCAGGUCCUUUCGCUGCCACCGGUGGCUCUGCUUCUAUCUCCUCCAAUCGUAUCUCCUACAGCUUAGGCUUGAAGGGGCCGAGUGCCACCGUCGACACCGCGUGCUCCUCAUCUCUGGUAGCUGCCGACACUGCCGCAGCAACAAUAAGAAGAAGUCGUUGCGAGGUGGCGGCGGUCUGCGGCGUCAACAUGCUGCUCUUACCGCAAACUUUCAUCGCCUGCUGCCAAGCGCGCAUGCUGUCUGCCGACGGCCGGUGCCACACCUUUGACGCAUCCGCCAGUGGCUAUGCACGUGGUGAGGGCUGCGGGGCACAAAUUCUUGGGCCGUCAUCGGCAGCCUGGGCGGAUUCAGAGUCAGUGGCUGCUUUUGCCGGAAGUGCCCUAAAUCAAGAUGGCCGCAGUGCCAAUCUCACGUCACCCAAUGGCCCAUCACAGACGUCAGUCAUCGAGGUGGCACUCCUGGAAGGAGGCCUUAGGCCGGAAGAUGUGGGACAGGUGGAGACCCACGGCACGGGCACGGAGUUGGGUGACCCCAUCGAGACCGGGGCCUUGCGGGCUGCCUUGGGCUCCCGCAGUUUCCCUCUGCUUCUGGGCGCCGUGAAGUCCAACCUUGGCCACCUGGAGGGGGGCGCCGGCAUGGCGGGGCUCCUGAAGCUGGCCUCGCAGCUUCAGCGUCCUGUUCCGGCCAUCGCUGCCAAUCUCCACCUUCGUGCGCUAAACCCACACAUUGCCGAGGACGCGCACGACUUUGCUGCGCUCUUUCCCAACUGCUCCGUUGCGGGAAAGGUGGAAUCCUCUGCGGCCUCAGUCAGCUCUUUCGGCUUCGGCGGCACAAACGGGUGUGUGGUGCUGAGACUCGCGGAGAAGGCCAGGCGACCUCGACCGUUAGGCAUCGACUUGGGCCGUGAGCGCUUUGAGUGGCGGGAGAACAGCCACCCGCUGAUCCGCAAGAAGGCGAGGCGAGAGGACGGGGUGCACGUCCUGAGCUGUCCCCUUGAUGGCCACGUACUGGAGCUCCUGUCACACCACAUCGUGCACGGUGAGGUGGUGGUGCCCGGUGCAUGCUACUUGGAGAUGAUCCUUGCCGGCGUGAGGGCGCACCUCGGACAGCAGGAAGCCUGGUGCAUCGAGAGCCUGGGCUUUGCCAAGCCUCUGGUUCUCCGUCUCUCGCAGUCGGGCCAGCUGGAGGAGCCGGUGGAGCUGCGGCUCCUGAUUUGGGAGGACGGGCGCCUGGAGGUGGAGAGUGCGGUCGGGGAGGACCCCGAGGACCACAUCCUGUCCACCCACGUUGAGGCGAGCCUCAUCCGGCAAGCCGGCGGAUGGAAGCGUGCGGAGGAGGACAAGCACGACCUGGCACAGCUCAGGCGAAGCUGCCCGGAGGAGGUGGACGUGGACCUCAUGUACUCUUUUGGCGUGAAAAGUGGCCUCCCGCUCCAGCGGCGCUUCCGGUGCGUCCGGCAGGUGCAAGUCCAGAAGAGCGAGCGGAAAGGCUUCGCGCGGCUGGAGAUGGAAAGGGACGGUACAGAGCUUGGCUUCCUGCUUGGGCCGUCGCUAAUUGAUAGCUCCUUCCAAGCUCUGAUGGCUCUGGCGGACCCUGCUGUGGGCAUCGGCUCCUUGAAGAUCCCGCUGUCCAUCAAGAGGCUUCAGCCCAUGGGCCGGGCAUACUCCAUUGGAGUCUGGUCGCACUUCGAGCUUUUGGACUGGACGGAGCACUCCACGGCCUUCAGGUGUUGGCUUCUGAAUGAUGCGGGGGAGACGCUGUUAUUCUUCGACUCCGUGCACUUGCAGGAAGUCCGCGAUGAACACCUCCAGAAGGUUCUGCAAGCCUCUGGGCGCCUCGGCGCGGAGCAGCAAGCCUUGUACAGUACGAUCUGGCGGCCGCUGCCAGAGCUCGCUGAGGCGAAGGCAUCGGAGGCGACGUCCCGAUCAAAAUGGCUUGUCCUUGGGCGACAGGAAGAUCUCAGGAAGUCGGGCAUGGAAGAGUUCCGCUGCAUCGCAGCGGAGGAGACUGGCAACUUCCAAGAUGAGGCGGCUCUGCAGGAGCUCUUCCGCGGCUUCGAAGCGCAUGCGCUCGUCUUCGUGGGGGGCCUCGGCGAUGACUCGCAUCGAACAUCCGUGAAAUGCCACGGGACGGACGAUGUGGACGUGCUCGCCUUGGCGCUCCAUGUGCUCCGUGCCGCACUGGCGGCUGGUCUGCCCCUGGUGUUUCUGACGAAAGCGACACAGCAGGUUUUGCGUCCCGAGGACCAGCCGGAGCCGAUUCAUGCAGGGCUCUGGGGCCUCGCACGUACCGCGCGGCUGGAGGAACCGGAGAGACUGCGCCUGGCUUGCGUGGAUCUGGACUCUUCGAAGCCUCUGGAAGCCGUAGAAGCUGCGCUCACACAGAUGUCCAAAUCAGACUCGCGUGAGGAGGAGCUGUCCUGGCACAACGGAGAGGUGCUCGGCCGGCGCUUGACGCGAAGUGAGCUAAAAGCCCAGACGCCCAUGCGCCUCAACAUGCCAGCGCGGGGAGCCUUGACUGGUCUGCGCGGUGUGCCGCAAACGCGGCAGCCUCUGGUUCUGGGCUCCGUGCAGCUCCGCAUCCGAGCCGUAGGCCUCAACUUUCGGGACGUCCUCAAUGUCAUGGGAUUGUAUCCCGGCGAUCCCGGUCCGCCGGGAGCAGACAUGGCGGGCACCGUGCUGGACCUUGCAGAGCACACCGGAGAUCAUCUUAGGCUGGCGGAGGACGUCUUCGGCGAGGCACCGGGAUGCCUCAGCAGCUACUGCCUGGCGCCAGCGCCGCUCAUAGCGCCGAAGCCUUCCAGCUGGUCCUUUGAAGAGGCCUGCACCAUGCCGGUCAUCUUCGUGACUGUGGAGGAAGCUUUGGGAGAUUUGGCACAGCUGAAACGCGGUGAGAGGGUCUUGAUCCAUGCCGCAGCAGGGGGUGUGGGCCUGGUGGCGAUUCAGUACGCGCAGCACGUUGGGGCAGAGGUCUACGCGACGGCUGGUGCCGAGGAGAAGCACGAGUACCUCCGCAGCCUCGGGGUGAAGCACAUCACGAGCAGCCGCAACGGAGCGCGCUUCGAGGAAGAGAUGCGAUCCUUCCUAGAGAAGGAGGGGCUGGAAGGAGUCGACGUGGUGCUCAACAGCCUCAGUCACGAUGACUACAUCCCACGGUCUUUGGCGUUUCUGCGCAGUGGCGGUCGCUUUCUCGAGAUCGGCAAGAGAGGCACCUGGUCCCACCAGCAGAUGCGGGAGAGCCGCCCGGACGUGAUGUACGAAAAGAUUGCCGCGGACACGAUGAUGGAACGAGAGCCCUGGAGGUACAAUGCCUACCUGAAGCGCUUGAAAGACCGCGUAGACUCUGGGGCGCUGAAGCCCAUCCACAUGCACAUCUUCGAGGGUCUGGAGGAAGGUGUGCGUGCACUCCAGUUUCUCCAGCGAGCACAGAACAUCGGCAAAGUCGUCAUCUCCCAGCCGAGUAAGCUCAGCAAGCUCCCAGCCGGAACCCAUGUCCUCUCGGGCGGUACAGGUGCCUUGGGAGUGGUGACGGCCCAGUUCCUUGCGGAAGAAGGGGCCAAGUCUCUGUGUCUUCUGUCACGGGCUGGGCGUCCGCCAGACGAGGUGCAGGCUCGCUGGAACUGGCUGCAGGCGAGCACGCUUCAGCUCCAAGUUCUUCGCUGCGACGUCUCCGAGGAGGCUUCCGUGCGCUCAGCCGAAGUCUCCCAAGGUCGUCGUGUCGCUUCCCUCUUCCACUUGGCUGGAGCGCUGGCCGAUGCCAUGCUGCCUGCACUCGACCAUCACCUUUUCCAGAAGUCCUACGGUGCCAAAGUCCACGGUCUGCGCCACCUUCUGCGCUUUUUUCAUGGGGACGUUCCUCUGACCGUGCUCUUCUCUUCGACAAGUUCGCUCUUUGGCGCUCCAGGUCAAGGCAACUAUGCCGCGGCCAAUAGCACGCUCGAUGCCUUCGCCGCCUUUGCAGACCGAGACGGCCAAGGCGCCGUGUCCGUGCAGUGGGGGCCUUGGGCCGAAGUGGGCAUGGCGGUGCAAAAGGGCACAGUGCAGAGGGCCAAGGCUAGUGGCAUCGGCUCGCUCAGCAACCCCCAAGGCAUGGCCAUUCUGGCCAGUGUCCUGGGCCAAACUGGCGAACCGCGACACUGCUUGGUGGGCGCAGCUCACGUCCGUUGGCCCAAGUUCCUGCGCAGCGUCUUCGCCCAAGCGCCGCCAGCCUCCUUGCUGGACCUGGCCGCAGAGGCCGCCAAGAGCACCGACAACGCUGAUGCAGGAGCGGGCAUCUCAGCCGAGCUGGCGGCGCUUGGGCCGGAGGAGCGGCGGCAGCGCUUGGAGGUGCUGGUGCAGCGCUUGGCCAGCGAUGUGGUGGGCGAAGAGAUGUCAGGAGACGUGGAGCUCCUGGAGUCCGGUAUGGACUCUUUGUCUGGCGUGGAGUUCCGAAACAGGCUUCAGCAAGAGCUGGGUGGCAUCCGACUGCCAAACUCUGCCGUCUUUGACUUCCCCACGGCGAACAUGCUCGCAGGCUUCAUCGCUGGCCAGUUUUCGACGGGCCCGAUGUCCGACGAGGCUGCCCCAGCCGCACAAGUCACUGGCGACUCGAAGAUCUUGCAGCUCUUGAACAAUAGGACGGCUGGCCCGGGCCACCCUCCGCUUUUCCUGGUGCCUGGCGCUGGCUUGCAGGCCGCGGGCUUCCAAGCCUUGGCCAGCUUGCUGCCGGUGCCAACCUGGAGCGUCUCCUGGCCCCAGAGCCUGCCCAGGGAGAGGAGACGGCCAUGGCCAUGGCUCUUCUGCUGCGGUGUCUGCGUCAUUUCUCUCUGCACCCUCUGCGGCCUCGAGAAGGCCCAAGGCUUUGUUGCCCAAGCGCUUGGCCCGAACCCGGGCCUUGCUAAGCUGGGCAGAAGAGACACGGCCCUUACAAUCUCGGCGGAAUCCGCAGAGGCGGCAGAGUCUGGUGCUGCUGGGGUGGCCUUGGCUGCACCGGAGCGGUCCCGGUCGGUGCAGGUCUGGUCCGUGCUUGGUGUGGCUACGUACUUAUCCUACGGCAUAAAGAAGGUGGUGCCCAUCGUACACCAGGGCCUCGCCAGCAUCACCACCCCCUGGCAGUGGCUCAUGCUCGUGGCCACGCUGGGGUUCUUUGCCUAUGUGGAGGGCUACAAGGGCUUCCAGAAGGGUUUCUGCCCGCGGGUCGUCAGCCGCGCUUGGGUCGUAUCGGAGAACUUCCCAGAGGUCUCAGCAAGGGACUUGCUGAAGCGGUACGGCGCAGCCUACCUGGUCUCCUCAGUGUUUUUGUCCAUAAUCUCUUACACACUCUUCUAUGAGCUUGUGAAGAGGGGCCUUGAUGUUACUGGUGCUCUGGCGGCCAUCGGCAUCACCGUGGCAAACAGCAAAUACUACGGCUCAGCAGCCUUGGCUUAUGCGCUGCACAAAGCGGCAUCUCCCAUCCGUUUUCCACCGACACUCCUCUUGACGCAAUUUGUGGCUCGGAUGAUGGGGAAGGAUGUAUCUGCAACGCAAAGAGCCGCAGCCACUGUCCUUCACAAGCUCUUUGCCCCUGCAUUCUGCAUCGGCUAUUUCCACGGAACUCGAAAGCGGGUUAUCUCCAGCUGGUGUGUGACCACCGUCAUCUUCUUUGUCGUUUUCUUUGUACGUAAGCUGGCCAACCCGUACCGUGCCAUCCUCGACGCUGGCGUCAUCGUGGGACUCCUGUGGGGGACGGUGUCAGUUCUCCUCUUGUUUGCCCGGUCCCUCCGACAGGGCAAGCCUCCUGAGUUUGACCCGUGGCCUUCGUCUCUGGAAGCCUUGGCAGAACUGCUCCUGGCCGAGGUCCGGGCGGUGGUGGACGCGUCGGAGCCGUUGCUGCUGGCUGGACAUUCCUUCGGUGCCACAGUUUGCUUGGAGAUGGCCAGACAGGCGGAGGCCUCGGCCCAAGCAGUUUCACUUGUGAUGCUGCUGGACCCGCGGACGCUGCUCCCCGUGGCAGCCGAUGCAGGUGGCCUUUUCGAAGAGUGUGGCAUGCUGGAAACCGUCGCGAUGCUUUCUCAAAGCGUUGCAGACGGUGCACGCUACGCAUCGGUAGUCGAGGAAUCCGCAAAUGCCGAAGAUCGCGAGGAAGCAGUGCGUCGUCUGCUAGGCCCACAAGUGGCACCGGUCUUGGAGCAUAUCCACGAGACGUUCCGCUGGUAUGCGGGGCUGCUCGCGAGUCGACCCGAAGUGUCGGAGAUGGCCCUGCGAGCCAGGAUGCUCUGGGUCAGGGCAGAAUUUCAAUCCGCCGAGGCCGACUCCACCGCGAAGGAGAUCGUGCAGCGCGUCCAGGCAGAGAUUUUCCAGGGAGAUGAAGCGGUGGCCACGCACCUGAAGUCAAUGGGUGCUGGUGGAGAAGCGGCGUCGAAGGCCCCGGUUCUGGCCCGCGGAGAUCAUUUCGCCAUGCUCCACGAGCCUCACGUGGCCGCACUGGCGAUGCAGCUCUGCCAUGCGAUAGUGGAGGCCUUUGAGGGGCCGGGCAGGACUAGCACUGCGGCACCGUGCAAAGCCGUGCGAGAAGCAUCUCGAAGCCUGGCUUGGCGAGGUGGGCUUGAAAAGCAGGCAACCUAUUUCCUCACCCGUCUCAGUCCCUCGACGCUCGACCUCACGGGCCUCGGCCUCACGUGCCCUGCCCGUCUCGCGGUGCUCAAGCUCGACCCGGAGUCGCGCGAAAAGGCGCUCCACCCAGGAGGCAUCCUUGAAGCUGAGGCCCUGGCGGCGCUCGAGGAGGCCCUGGCGGCCCAGCGCCGCGCGGAGCAGCUGGUGGCGGAGCUGCGGAACCAGAUGGGCCAGUGGCUCUCCGCCAACAGGCAGACGAUGGAGGUGGCCCUCCGAGGCUUCAGCAAGCUGGCUUCGAUCACCGGCCACAAGGUACCGCAAACCGAGCUGAAGUUCAUGCAGGCUUUCGCUACGGCAGAACCGACGCCGAUGGAGGUACUCAAGGCCAUGAAGGAAGCAUCGCCUAAGUUCGAGGUUUGGGUCAGCGAGGCCUUGGCCAAGUACGCAGCGAGCUUCGCCAAGGAUGGCACACCAGCCCCGCCCGUGGAGGUGCCGACGAAGGAGCCGGAAGCUCCGGAAGCUCCGCAAGCCAAGGAGGUGGUCUACAAAGGAGAUCCCAAGGAGGUGCAGGAGCUGAAGCGCAUCACGCAGAGGCAGCAGGAGGAGAUCUCCAAGCUGCUUCUCACCAUCGACGAGCUGCGAAAGCGCAUGGAGAACAUCAAGGUCGUGUCAUUAGAUGCCGGCCCCGGUGUUGCCGGCACGGUCGACAACAUUAUGGAGAAAGUUGGCCUGAAGGACAUCAUGGAAGCCGGCUUGGCACGGAAUCCGCCGGUACUGAAAGGUGUUUUUGAGCGCCUUUACUCUGAUGCCACGCAGCGCAUCCAAAGGUACGGCCUGAUCCGGCAGCAGAUGCUUCUGGCGAACAAGGCUUACGCAGCAGUGGUGGGGGCCGUCGCUUCCGAGGAGGAGCAGCAGUGGCCUGAUUUCGAGCGGCUAAACGACACCACAGAUGCCACGAUCAGGGGCAUGUGGUACCACACAGAAUACCUCUUCCGAAGCGCCUGUGAGUACGCCAUGACGCAGGGUGUGGAGGCUACACUGGUGAAAACGCAGCAGAACUUGGUUUCCGAGUUUGAGGAGAAGGUCGAGGAGAGCUUCAGCCCUGCGGCCCCGCGCCGGGAGAAGCCGCCAGGGCCUCCAAGACGCCAGGAGCGAGGCAUCAAGGAGGAAGCUUCCAGGCGCUCAGAGCUUCCCAGCAAGCGACGACCCGAUGAGCCAACGCCCUUCAUGUCCUACAUGGCAGCAUUACGGGAGGUGCAGGGACAGCUGGCCAAGGAGGUGGUCCAAAGCCUCCCCGAGAAGCCGCGGCACGGGACCCGUGGUCUCGACGAGUUCCGGACACUCAAGGACGCCUGCGACAGGCCGCCGAUGGCUUUGCCGACUUCGACCCCGUCGUCGCUGGCGACCAGCCGCAGCCUGCCGGCCUUGCCCAAGACGCGCGGCCUGCACGGUGGCCUGCAGGAGCCAGAGGCAGUGCCGAGCCCACUCACGAAGGCCAAGAUGGCUGCGACGAUGAUGACUUGA